AUGAUUACGAAGACUUUUGUUGCGGUUCUGGCAUUUUGCGUUGCUGUGGGCGCCUUGUCUUUAGCGGAAGAAUAUCCAGAAACAAACGAUAAAAUCUUUCCUAAGCCAAUCGAAUAUGUAAAUGAUGAAGACGAUACGUAUAAUGUCGUCAGCUGGACGUCUUGUAAUCUAACCGAAACGCCGAUUUUUUCAUGCCACGACUGCAACACCCGAAUGUUCUGCAAUCCGAUCGGCGGCCUUCUUAUAUCCUGCAGAGAUAAUCGUCGUCCUCACUGCAACCGCGGCCUAUGCAGAUCCACACCCAGUGAUGAAUGCGCUCAAUAA